AUCCCAAAGAUAUCUACUACAAUGCUGGAUACGCUUACAGGUAUAUCUCUUACAGUACCACACGCUCUCGAAACUUCCUACGGCGCUGUUCUAAAUAGCGUUCUGGUUACUGUUAGCCUUUUCGGCGUCACAAAUUUACAAGUAGUCAGUCAACUAUAUCCAGACACAUUGCAAGUAUGACCAUGUUGCGUAUAGAGGAAUAGUAAGUUGCGCACUUGGAAGGAUGUCGCCAAUUGAUAACAUAGGGUUUCGAUAUAACUUGAGAUGCUUUUUAUUAUACCUUGAUUUUUAGGUCAUUGGAAGCGGCUCGCAUGGCCUUUAUUUCUCAUAUGUUGUACCACUACCUUAUACUAAACUUCGGGAACACUGCGGAUCUCUCGAUCGU